AUGGGACAAGGUAGUAGUCGCAUGCUUUUUGUACAUAUGCUGAAAAAUAUGUUACGUACCCGGGGAACUAAAGUUAGUCUGCAGCAACUUAGUAACUUUUUGGAAUUUAUAGAAAAAGUCUGUCCUUGGUUCCCAGAAGGAGGAACUAUUGAUUUAAAAAUCUGGCAAAGGGUAGGGACUGAGCUUCAAGAUUAUUAUAAUACCCACGGGCCAAGUAAGGUACCAGUGGAAACUUUUAACUUGUGGGCUUUAGUUAGAGAUAGUUUAGAUCCUAGACAUGAAAGAGAUAAAGUUAGAUUAGGUACAAUUAAAGACAAAGGACUGCUUCCCAGCGUGAAUUUAGAAAAUGAAAUUAAGCCUUCCAUUUCACCUGAGGAACCAGAGUCCAAAUCUAAGUUAUCAUUUAGAAGAAAAGAAUGUUGCCUUGAUCAUUCAGAUCCAGAUAAGGAAGCAAAAGUAGAGGAGGAGGUGACAGAAGGUCACCAAGAGGAAGACUUUCCAUCUAUUUUAACUUUUACCAAAUCUGAGGAUGAACAGAAAGAAAAACAUUUAGAGGAGAUGCAACGUUUGCAAAGUAUGGUUAAAUCACUGUCUUUACAAGUACAGCAACUUCAGGGAAAGUGUAUUCCAGGAAGUACAGUCACUCCCAAUCCUUCUGCUGUAACAAAACCUCCCACUAUUCCGGUAGUGUCAAAACCUGAGGGUGAAUUUCAUCCUGUAUCUUUGAUUCGGCCUUCUGUCUCACCCCUGCAAGCAACUCUUGCAGGAGCAGCACAAAGAGGAGAAGAUAUGCAGGGAUUUGAUGUAUAUCCUGUUUUUGAACAAAAAGAUAGUCAAGGGGAUAAAGUAAGAUCUCAUAGCCCUAUACCUUUUGAGCGGUUGAAGGAAUUAAAAGCAGCUUGCGUGCAAUAUGGCCCUACAGCUCCUUUCACGCUUGCUAUCAUAGACUCUAUGGCAUUUGAGGCACUCCCUCCAGGGGACUGAAAACAAGUAGCAAAGGCAUGUUUGUCAGGGGGAGACUAUUUAUUGUGGAAAACAGAAUAUACGGAGAACUGUCAGACUAUUGCUGAGGUGAAUAAGGCUCAGGGGGUACCUAUUACUUUUGAUAUGCUGGCAGGAGAGGGACCAUAUUGGGAACUUGAGAAUCAAUUGAAGUUUGAUGUUGGUGUUUAUGCUCAGGUUAAUGCACAAGCUAAAAAGGCUUGGUGUAAACUUCCACCAUCCAAUGGGAAGGGGACUGAAGAUUUGUCAAAAAUUAGGCAAGGGCCUGAUGAAUUAUAUCAAAACUUUGUGGAUAGAUUAUUACAGGCUGCUAACAGACUGGUUGGAGAUUCUGAAGCAGGACUUGCACUUGUAAAAUUAUUAGCCUAUGAGAAUGCUAACUCUGCUUGUCAAGCAGCCUUGAGGCCAUAUAGGAGAAAGGGGAACAUAACUGAUUAUAUUAGUCUAUGUUCUGACAUAGGUCCAUCCUAUACACAAGGGCUAACCUUGGCUGCCGCCCUUCAAGGGAAGUCAAUAAAGGAGGUUCUUUUUCAGCAACAAAAAGGUAAUAAGAGAAAAUUUAAUGCUCCUCCAGGGAGUUGUUUUGGAUGUGGUAAAAUGGGACAUCAGGUGAAACAAUGUCCUCAGAAGCAAAGGAAUGAUUCACCCAGAAAGGAACCAGAGUUAUGUCCAAAAUGUAAAAGAGGCAAACACUGGGCCAAUGAAUGUAAAUCUAAAUAUGAUCAUAUGGGGAAUCUUCUCCCGCAGGGAAACGGGGGGAGGGGCCUGCUCCAGGCCCCGCAACAAUGUUAUGGAGCGCUACAGAACUUUAUCCCCCAGCAAAACAAUCUGUUCAGGACCUCUGCAGAGCAAACCCAGGCAGUGCAGGACUGGACCUCAGUUCCGCCACCUAUACAGUAUUAG